UCAUGCUGCGAGCAUCGAGCGUGGGUGCGUAACCUCAAAUCUGCACCACGAGGAUUUCGUGUAUACGUUAAAUAUUUUUAUUUUAUAUGUAUAAUUUAUAUACGUACAUCGCAAAAUAGAUUUAAAAAAUUAUCACUAUGGCGUUGUCAAGAGAAUUAUUAAAGCGCUUGAAUUCGGAAGAUGAGCCUUUGCCUAAACGGUUGAAAUUAGCGGAAACUGCAUUUUCCGCGGCGGAUUUGCCGCUUGUCCAAAAGGAGGAUGUACUCUUGGACUGGCUGUGCAAGAUAUGUACAACAAAUCAACAUGCUUGGAGGACUUUAAAUAAUUGUCUAAAGUCUACUCAUAUUGAUAUUAAGACUAAUGUAAAGCAAUGUUUAGUUGACAUGCUCACAUGUGCGUUAAGUGAUCUCGCGGAAGAAACUUAUGAAGUGGUUCUUGAAUGCUGUACUUUAAUCCUUGCUAACAAUAGCAUGCGACAGUACCUUACAAAGAAACCAAAAGACUUGGGCCUCUUGGUGAAAGUCUUAUUAAAUACUGUAUCAAAACGUUCUGGCUAUCCGAGUGAAACACAAGAGAAAGAUGAAAAGCCACUCGAGUCCUGUAGUAAAUUAUCAUCUGCAGAGAGUUGUGCUGUAAUCAGUAUUAUUGAAAGUAUAAUGCAUAUGCACAGGCAAUCAAUAACUACAAAGGAAGAACUGAGAAUAAUUUUUAUACGUGAUAUUUUAUACCCUAUGUGCAAUUUAAUCGAUCAUAGACACACAGGUAGUACAAAUAAGCUUGGUGUAGUAGCAUACAAAUGCAUACAGCAGUUGUUGUUAGGGAAGAGAAAGGCUCAAAAUGAUCAGACAGAAACCAGUUCCACAAUGUGUCUGGAUUUAUUCUCCGUGUUGUCUGAGAAUGUGGAAAAAUUAAGUCUCCAGAGUAAUCUUGCAACAUACUUGCUUAUUCUUCGUGCUGCAGUGGGCACUCAUAAGUCAGAUGCUGCCUUAUUGGAUACAUUCUUCAGAAAUUUAAUUAAUACUUCUGGGAGAUACAAGUGGGAAAUACUAAACGUUUCUCUUCAAUUAUUAAACGACGUGUCGCUUGAUUUUGAAAAUACUGCAGGAGAUGUUACACUAUCGGAGUAUUUCCAGAAAUUAAUAGACGAUAUUUUAAUAAACGACAAUAUGACAUGCGCUCAAUGCGGAACACUUGUGCAACUUUCGUAUAUCAACCCACUUUUAAUAGAGAAGAAUAUUCCGAGUAUUUUGAAUAAAAUACUCUUGGAGGAACAAAAUGCAGACUGUGCUAAUUUAUUAACUGCAAUCUUGGAUGCCAGCUUGAAAUUAAGACGAGAACAAAAGUUUAUUUCACAGUUAUUAGUAUCUUUAAAGCAGCACGUUGCAAUUAAAAAGAAAAAACACAAGACUGACACGUCUGCGUUUUUUCCACAGGAAUUUAAAGUAAAAUUGGUAAAAUCAAUUCACAGUACUCCCAGUUCACAGGCGAUUGCAAGCUUGAAGACGCUAACGUAUCAUUUAAAUACAGACUGUGUGGAACUUUUGCAGUGUAAUAAUUCAUGUAAAAAUGUGUUAAUAUUGAAGGCGACAGUAGAAUUGCUUGUCACACUUUUCGAAGGUAUGCAGAUUUUCGAGUAUACUAGAGCAUCUUCCACUCAUGAGAAAUUUGUCAACACUCUUAACGAAUUGGGAAAUUCUUUGUCACUGCUGAUAAACAAGGCACUCUGUUUAAGCCACAACAAAAACGUUAUCAUAAUAUUGUUGACUGCGGUGCAGUCGUUGAGCGAAAUGCAAAAUAUGUUGAAAUACUAUGUACCACCAAAGAUUGCCGUUACAAAAACGCUACCAUUCCCAAUUCAAGAUGACCCUUGGCAGCAGUUGAUCCAAAGAAUCAGCAAUUUUGGUGAAGAUAAUUGCAAGAAUAUCAUGAAUAAACUUAUUUUACAUCGAAUAAAACUCAAUUUGUCGGAUGAGCCUAUUAAGCUUCACAAUUUAAUAGGUGGCCUUGAAAAUUCUUGGAGCAUUAUACUGAAACAUGAUCCAAACAUACUUUCCUUGUUACGUGACAAAGAAAUAUCCAAAAUAGCAUGUUUAAUGUUGGCAGAUAUGACAUCGAAUGAUAAGAACUUUCAUGAAUGGCUCAGUAUAUUAAAUAAAGAAUGCAUUCAAGAAAAUAAGUGUUUCCUAAUGUGUCUUUUAAAUCACACUCUUGUUCAAAUCGGACAGUGCUUAUCGUCAGGAUGCACAAAGUCCAUUACGGAACAUAUUAAUACUAAACUGUUGAUGGAGGACAAGCAUAAUGAAAAUGAGAAAUUAACGAAAGUCUUGCAAGUUGUAAAGGUACAGAUAUUGCAACAGCAGUGGAUAUCAAUGACGAAUGCAAUUUCCUCUAAAAUAGAAUUGUAUUUGGAAAUGUUAUUGCAUGUACCAAUCAUGUGUCUCAGCCCUGAUACGAGGACACUAAUAUUCCUGGUCGUAUAUUCCAUUAGCAAAGAAUGUGGGACAAAUGAAAAAGUGUCUACGUUAUGCAAUUUGAUAUUUUCAGAUUUAUUAGAAAAGACCGGUAUUGACAUAUUUCAACACAUUGAACCGACAAUAUUGGUAAAUCAAUUGCCGCAGAACAAAGCAUUCUCAAAGGCCUGCGAGUUCUCUCUUCGCAAUGUGACCACAUAUUCCACUCUUAGGAAUCUCAUCAAAAGUUCUGCCGAAUGCAAGGAAGCUAUGUGCACCGUUCUGGAACGCAUGGAGAUGGUUAGAUCAAAAUUGAAUCCCGAGCAAAAAAUCAUGUUUAGGAAAGCAGAGAGAAAAUUAGCUAAAGCUAUUCUAAAUGUGUUACCUGGAGAAAUAAAGGAUGCCUCUGAUGUGAGGUGUUUGACAGCUAUAUUGAAAGUAACGAUUUCAAGCAAGAAAAUUACUGACACGUUAAAGGAAUUGAUCAAAUCUACUCUUCAAAAUAUAUUUAUGACAAAAGUAAGUCCGAGCGACUCAACUAACGAUGUAUUGUUGCAAGAAGGCAUACAACUGGCCACUAUUGUUUUGCGACAUCGCAAGGAAUUCGAGAUCCAAGACGCGACUGUCGAGAACUUGUGGUGUGUAAUGCUGAAGCAUCCUCAAGAAAAUUUACGCAAGUCGUUAUUGGCGUCCGCUCAACUGAAGGAAUUUGGCAAAUUUGUACGACUGCUGCACGACCAGACGAUCAAGAGUUUGUCGCGAGCAGAUGAAGCAACGUGGAUGAAUCUGUUGGUCGUCUGGAGCGAUAUUGUAAAAACGGACAUGCGGGCGAAACGCAGUAAAGUACGUUUCGACGCGAUCAACAGUCUGUUGGAAACUGCGCAAUCGUUGCACAUCACCGACAGAUGUUGGUCGGAUCUCGUGCGUUUAUCGCACGAUAUAAUCAGUACCAAACACUCGCUCAUUCCCAACGACACCUUCGAUCUCAUUAUAACAACCGGCCUGAAAUCGUUCGAGAGGGUGGAGAAGAUAUCAUCCUGCGAGAACGUACUCGCGUUGUGUGCGGCUCUGAUAAAAGUCAGAACGAAUUUGAUAACCGACAGUUUACCCGCUUUAUUGCUACUGUAUAGAAGUGUGCUCAAUGUCAUUGUCAAUGCGUCGGUAAACGUAUCUGAUAAAUUCGAGGAGCACCGAUUCAGAUGUUUAGCACUCGAAAUCGAGAAACUUACGGGAUUGCUGAUAAAACUAAAGAAGGACAUGAUGCGACUGAGUCCCUAUCUGAUCGCCGAUUUGUUGCAAUUAAUUUUAGAGAGUAGAGUACCGUCUUACAUGAAAGUAGCUUUGCAAAAUUCUCUGUGUUUCUUAAUUAGCAUUUGUGAUCAGCAUGGAAUCGCCCUAUUGUCUCGUGCACUGUCAACAUCAUUGCAGGAAGUCUUCAAAGUACAAUUAAAUACAUUUAAUAAAUUUUACAAAUAUUCCGGCAAGAUCUAGA